AUGUCAUGGGCAAAUGCAAAUUCGUGGUACUCAAUAGUUCGUAAAGAAAAAGAUCAUACUCCAUUUGCUUUUAUGAAAAAGAAUGGACAAAUAUAUAGACAUAAAGUUGAAAAAGAAGAAGAAGCUUCUGGUGAAAUUGCCAAUAUAGCUCAUAUUGUUUUAGAAAAAGUUCAUAAUAAAAAUAUAGAUAUUUCAAAUUUUUAUCCUAUUUUUCAAGAACUUAUUUCUAUAUCUGUUUAUAAUCGAUCUGGACAUGUAGAAUAUAAUAUAAUGAAGGUUAUUAUGCGUUUACCAUCAAUUUCUACACUUAAAAGUUAUAUUAAUGAGCACGAACAAAAAUCUGGAUGGCAAGAUAAGAUUGCAUAUCAGAUAUUAUCUAAUUUGUCAAUUCACAAUAUUUGGGGUUAUGGGCGUAUUGGUCUUUUAUGGAGUCAACGAGAAAAUUGUUAUGUGGGUUAUUUAGAUUUUGAGGAUGAAAUGCAUAAGUAUCAUACUUUUACAUUAAAUUGUCAACAAGAAAUUGAAUCAAUAUUUAAAAAUAAUAAUUUAGUAUUUAAUGAACAAAAAUCACAUAAUUUAAAUACAAUAAUUUUUGAGCUUGCAACGAAAUUAGAAUGCAUAGGAAUUAGAACUAUUGGAUCAGUUUGUGAUGGUGCUGAUGAAAAUAGAACACAUAUUAAAAGAGAUGAUUGGUAUUUUAUUUCUGAUCCUACACAUGUUUUCAAAAAAUUAAGAAAUAACCUAUCAAAAAGUCAUACCGCAACAAAAUUAACAAAACGACAUAUAUGGUCAAAAAUACGUAUUGAUCUUACAGAACAAACAUUAUCAAAAGAAGUUGAAGAUGCUUUAGAAUCCAUUGAUGAACUUAAAUAUAUAUCAGAUAAAACUCGAGAUUUUAUUAAAUAUUCACGAAAGUAUAGACAAAUUAUGCAUAGUAAACUCAUUUUCCGCUCUUUAGAUGAUCCACGUUUUACUACUUUAAAAAAAAUUCGUAACUGGUUUGUUUAUGGUGCAAUGAUUCAAUCUAAACGUAUUUCACAAGAUAUGCUUGAGGGAUUUUUUGGAACAAUUCGUGAAUUAGGUGGAGAUUCAUCAACACAGACACUUAAAUCUUAUGGGUAUGCAGUAAAUAAAUAUCAAGUAACAGCAUUGGUACCAUCAGAAAUUAAACAAUUAGCAAAAAUAUCAACUCUUUCUUGCAAAGUUUUUAAAAAUCUUUUUGCAGAUAAAGUAGUUAUGGAAGAGAUCGAGAUUCCUUGUACAACAUAUGAUGAUAAUGUCAAACAAGAAAACCUUAAUAUUCUUUGUGUUCAGAAUCAACAGUACAAUUUAUUGGAGAACAUUUUCUAUUUAAAAUCCAUUGAUAAGAUGUUACAAUAUUGUUUUCAUCUUGAAGUUUAUUUAAAUAAUUAUCGAUGUUCGGGAGUUUGGUAUCAGGAUUUUCUUGAAGCAACUCACUUAAAUGGUACUUCGACUCAAAGACUUGUUGCAUUUUUUACUUUUCCAAAAUAUAAUAUUAAUUUAGAACCAGCUGAAGCAUCAAAAUUUGUUUAUAUUGUUGGAUGGAUUAUUUAUAAACUAAUCAAAAGUAAUACAAUGAAAUCACAUCCUAAAUUUGAAGCAAUGAGUGCUCAUCUUAAAGUUUUAAGCUCGGAACAAAUUGUAUAUGAAUGGGAUGUACGAAUUCAAACAACAAAUAUAACACCUGGAUUAAAUCAGCUUCGGGUCUGGGCACAAUUGGAAAAUGUCGAGGAAGAAUUCUCUAAAAUAUUUUUAGUGAGCGAUUUACAAUGGUUACUGUGGGCAUUUGAAGAUAAUUCAAAAAAAAGAUAA